AUGGGAAUGGUGUCGGAUACAUCGGAUUGUCUUUAUUACACAAUCUAUCGUGACUCGAACUGCACGAAUGAGGCCGUUUGCAAAGAAGUGAUUGAGGAGAUCAAGGAUCAUGUUUGGGAAGCUGAAGGAAUCACGUUGAAGACGAACGAUGGCUACUCUGGCUUCUACUCGCAACACGGAACCUCGAAGAUCUUGCAAACUCCGAUGGAUUUGUGGAAAGCGAUUCACGUGCUCUUUCGGCUUAGCGAGAAGUUCGAGGGAUUAGUGUUCAGCGUUUCGACUGACGACGAUAAGCGGAAUCCUUUUUACAUCGAGUGUGAUCGAAACGAGGUCAUCCCAAAAUGGGCCAACAUUCCCGGGCAAUUUACAAAGAAUGUUUAUGGUUGUGGCGGAGUUCUCCAUUGCAUAUCACCGGACGUGGUGAAAGCGAAUCCGAAAAUGAAGGGUGUUGAAAUUGUUCGUAAAUUUGGACGCCAAACGAGAAACAUUUUGAUUACCGAGGCCGUUCAACAGAAGAUCAACAUCGCAAAGCAGAAACGAUUCGGGAUGAAUCGUGUUGGAGUGAGUGUGCCUGACAAUCUUGCCUACAUUGCUCGGCAACGACCGGAUCUUCUCUCGCAAGCGAUUCGUCGAUUUGCUGACGAUGAGAGGGAUGAGUCCCUCGAAGCUCUGCUCGAUCAACUUGAGAAAGUGAUGGUGCAUGUAGAAGUCAGCGAUCGGGAUUACAAGGUGGUCACCGCUUUGGCCGACAUCGAUGCGCCGACGGACAUCGUUUCGCAUCGAAUCGGACUCUUUUUGCUGGAGUUGGAUCGAAAGUUUUCGAAUUGUCAAAAUGGAGCUGAUGUACCCGAGGAUACUCUGUACCGAAAUGUGGAAGAUCAAUUCGAACGUGAUCGUCUCUCAUCAUUGGCGAUGAAGUUGAUGGGAAAAGAACUCAGCUUAGCUCAUCAAUAUCAAACAGCAAAAGCUUUCGUCACCGAUGCGCAUCGGCAAAUUUGCAGAAAUAUUUUCAGAGAGUCAGCCGAAUCUUCGACGGACACUCGGGACACGGCUUGCUCCGGUGAUGAUGAGGAUCAAUUGCCGGUUGAUCGAAAUAAAAAUCGAAAACAAGUUUACAAGAAGAAGAAAGAUCGAGCCGAGGUGGGAAAGAAACGAACAUUGGCACCGGUUCAGCUAAAGAAGUUAUUACCAGAUCCACCAAAAGAGUACGAGUACGAGAUGGAGACACCGGCUGCAUCAUCGCAGUUCCGGAACUUCGAGCGAGCUGCGAAUGGAGACGAUGCUUUUUAUAAGGAAAGCAGUGAUGAGAGGAGUCUCGGAGAAGAAGAGGAGCUCGAGUUCUUCGCCGCUAGAAGUAAGAUUGGGAAGAAAAAUGGUGAAAUCGAGGAGAAAGCGCUCACUCCUCGUCCUCUUCAACCAUUGAAAGCUCAAACCGAAUCCGAUGACGGUUUUGAUGUUUCCGAUCUUCUCAACGCCGCGCCUCCACUAGCGGCAAAUGAUGAAGAUUUUGAUGAUAUU